AUGUUAGUAUUUGCAUCAUUGGUUAUUACUAAACAGCAAAAAGAAUGUAUUGUAAAUCUUCUCGCAUUAUUAACAAUAUGCAUCGUAUCAAGUAAAGGUACACCAUAUCUUCAGUUCAAAACACCAGAUCCUGACUGCAUAAAAAAUGGAACCAAGUACUAUCCGGAUCCAUAUAACUGUACACAAUACUAUGUAUGUGAUGUUCAAAACCAAAAGGUGCUAAAGGAGUGUACCCAAGGUAAAUGGUGGAAUGAUUUAAUACAAGCUUGUGAUGUUAUCCAAGAUGGUGUUUGCUGUAUAGAAAGAAUACAAGUAUAUUUAAAAGCACUAAUGUCAGUUCUCAAUGUCAUUGACAAAAGGCUUCGUAGAGUAAAAGAGUUGAAAAUAGUAGGGCAGACGCCAGAAGAUAAAAGAGGUAAAAGUAUAAGUCGGUCUCUUCAUCAAAACGUCCGUGAUAUUUUGAGUAACUACAUAAAGUCCUUUCCACUUAAGGAGUCACACUACUCGGGUAAAAAGAUUUGCUACCUUAGUGCAGAUUUGAACUUCAAAAAAAUGUGGACUUUGUUCUGUGAACCGUACUCAGAUGGUAAAGUAAACCAAACAGUAUAUUGGAGACACUUUAAAUAA